AUGGCGAUGGGGACCGUCGGGACGAUCGUGACGGUGAUACUGGGCAUUUCGUUCAUGGUGUUUGUGGCCUUUUUCGGGCGGCUGCCCACCUUCAGACACACGCCGAUCGCCUGGCUCCACCGGCUCUUUCUCGUGCAUCUCCCGGGCGGGGUGCUGGCACUCGACCGCGGGCUCACCGGCGGACGGCUCUCCCGGUCGCUGCGGCGGUUUGGCAGCUUCAUGAUGAACGACAAGCACCCGACCGUGCUGAUCUUCUUUGUGCUGCUGCUGGGCGUGUCGGAGUGGCUGGCAGUGCCGACGGCCUGGCGACUGAUGGGCGGACUGCAGCGCGCGACGCUGGCGGUGCUGGCAGUGCUGCCAUACGUCUUCCUCUGGCUGGCGGCCUUUUCGGAUCCGGGAACGGUGUCGCUGGGGGUUUUGCGCGUGCAGCUGCUGGCCUAUCCGUACGACUACGCGCUCUUCUACCCGGGCAUGCGCUGCCGCACGUGCAACCUGCUCAAGCCGCCGCGCAGCAAGCACUGCUCGGUGUGCAAGCGCUGCAUCGCCCGGCUGGACCACCACUGCAUCUUCAUCAACAACUGCGUCGGCGCCGGCAACCAGCACUGGUUUCUGCUGCUGCUGCUCAACACCGCGCUGCUGACGUCGUUUGGCGGGCUCGUCGGCGCCGGCCUGAUCGCCGGCCGCACCGCUCGCCAGUUUCCCUCUUGGUCGGUGCUGCCGUGGCGUGCACGCCAUGUCGCCGGCGAUGGCCGUCCGAUGGACCUGCAGGACUGGCUCCUGCUCUGGUCUUGGGGCAUGCGCGACCUCGUGCAGCUCGGCAGCGUCAGCCUGUUGGCGCUCCUGCUCAGCCCGCUCGUCUGGGGCCUGCUCGCCUACAACGUCUGGAACGUGGCGACCGGCCAGACAACCAACGAGAGCCUCAAGUGGGCCGACUGGCGCGACGACAUGGCCGCCGGCCUCGUGUACCGGCGUCGGCUCAGUCGUGAGCGCGGAAACCAGGGUAACCGCGAUGGCGUGCCGGUGUCGCUGGCCGACACGGCGUCGCUCACGCGCUGGCCCCUCGAGCCUGAGCACGUCAUCAUCUGUGCCGACGACGAUGGCAAGCCGCCCUCGGCCAGCGACCCCAGCCUGCCCGGCGUCGGCGAGUGGGAGCAGGUCUGGCGGUUGCGCGACGUCGAGAACAUCUACGACAUUGGCGUCUGUCGCAACUUUACUGACGUCUUCGUGCCUGACUACAACUUCAACACGUCGGGACUGCCCAGCGUCGAGGCACGUGGACGCAGCCGGAGGCGACCGAUGGGAAAGUGA